AUGAUUCACGUCUCUGUUCCUCCUCAGCUGCUCAAACGCUUCACCUGUGCCCUAGCCAACACUGAAAACCUCCUCAAACACAGGGAGACAGAUGCUAAACUGCUGUGCAAUUUUGGAUAUCUGCUGAUGUAUUUCCAUCGCAAUGCUGCCCUCUACUGCUAUAAGAGAGUUGAUGAAGAUAAACAUCCUCGUCAGUAUGCUACAGCCAUCAACGUGCCAAAGCAUCAGUGUCAAAAGAACUUCAGUCCUGCACAGAACAACUUCCUGACUCAAGAGGAUGCGGUGAACGUGAGAAAUGCUCUUAGUGAUGACACAAAGGCACUUUACCAAGGUGCAGAACUCAUCGCUGCAGGAACUAAAAAGGUUGUAAAUAAAAACAAGAAAUACAACAUGCAUUCAGAGUCUCUUCUGCUGAAUCCUGCUGACAACUCAGCCAUGACCAAACUAUUAAAUAAAAGAAAAGACGGCUGCUCGGUUUUCUACACGUUUGAAUCUCCCUGUGUUGACUCAUGUCUGAAUGCGACCAGGGACCACAACAUUUUAAAGGGCCUGGAGAACUGGAAAAAACACAGAGGAAUUAAAGCUUUUGUUUUCAAGAAUAUCUGGAAGCGUGACCUUGAAAAAAAUCUCCAGACCAUACUUAAGCAGAUCGUGGCUCAUGUUCCUCUCUACCGCUGUGUGAGUGAGAAUCAAUGUUAUGCUUGUAAAGGGGAAGGAAACACUCCCAUAGAUGCGCACUGUCUGCCUCCAAAAAAGAUCAAAGAUGAAUUGUAACAGUUCUGUGAGUCUGUGUUCAGAUCUGCUAACUUUUGUGUUUAAAUUCAAUAUGGAUAGAUGAACUACUAAAAUGCAUUUAAAAAUGAGUCAUGAUUCUUGCUAGAACAAAUAAAAUACUUCUGCUUGGUAAACACUUGUUUUACAUUUACAUUUAUUCGUUUUAUCCAAACUUACAAAUGAGGAUCUUUUAGAGUAGGCUAUGGGCUGCAGUAAUGCUCAUAAACACACCCACUGUUCUCACACAAAAAAUAUCUAAAUCAAAGAGGAGGAAAGCAUGCGGUGAAAGCUGAAGAUCAUGCUACACUCUUACUUAAUGACACCAGGUCUGCAGGCAGGUGCAUCAAAUGCCUAAAAGACUGUUAAAACGAAGGCUUUUCUUAACUUAAGGGGAUUGUUGCAACCAGGCCCUGAAAAUACUGAUUAUUAAGAAUGGAAGACAGUUAUUGUAUUUCAUAGACAUCACAAUGCGAUUUCAGAAUAAUUUGAGAAUAAUUUUUGGACAAAUGCAAACACAAAAACCUUUAAGCAGAUUAAUUCAUUAUGCGCUAACUUAAUCAAGACUUUGUUUAGAUCUUUUUAAGCUUAUUUCAUUUCUGUUCUGUUUCUAUUGUGGAUUGCAAACUUUUUCACAUAUGAAGAGUGGUGCACCUUUGAACACAGAUUGACAGCACAGCGAAACAAAAGCACUGCAAAGUCAAAUAAAAAUGUUAAAUGCAAUAAUUUGUUAUGGCUGUAAAUGUAAUUGUCUGUAUUAUUGUAUAAAAGUAUUUAUAGUUAUAUGAGAAAUUAAAACCAGAACAUUAAUAAUUUGAUAGAUAUUUAUUGCCCUCGGUAUUAACAACCUGUUGAAAUAAGUUAAUGGUGUAUCUAAACAUUAUUACAAUAUAAUUCUUAUUCCCAGUGAUUAAACAUCAAAUGAAAAGUUUGAAAAAUGAUUGCACAACCACCAAUUAAGUAAAUAUGUAUGUAA